GUUCGCCAUCAUGGCCAGAGCACCCUUCCAAGUCGCGUGUCUUCUUCCUGGACGCACCACCGCGCCACAAACGUCCGCUCCGCCCAGCGUCGGCGUGCUCGACGAUGCGAGCCAGAAUCUCAAGUCGAGCGUGCGCAAGCGGCCCCGGCGCAGGCGCCGAUCCCACCUACUCAGGAUGCCUCUGGAGAUCAUCAGCAUGAUUCUCGCUUGCCUUCCUCCUCAAGACUUGCUCAGCAUGUCCAGGCUGUCUCGCGCGUUUCGCGGCGUCCUCCUCUAUCGCCCCACGGCACUCCCUCUGUGGCGCAGCGCGCUGCACAUCAAGCCGGGCUCCUCUCAUAUCCCGACGGACAUGAACGAGGUCCAACUCGCGCACCUCGUGUUUGGCUACGAUUGCCAGUUCUGCGGCAGCAGGCGCCACGUUGUGGCCUGCUACGCUGCUCACGUGCGCUUAUGCGGCAAGUGCGUCAGGAACCGCUUCAUGCCCUCCAGAAACCUGCCGACGUCUCUGAAGCGGAUACUACCCAGCCUCUCUGGGAGGUCCGGUAUCCUCCCGUAUGUAGAGGAUGCAUUGUCAGGAGAGACGCUGUUCUGCAAGCCGACGGUAGAUGAGUACGCGCAGGAGCUGGAUGCCAUCGCGCAGACCAACAUCGCGCCACCGGCUGAUUGGUUCAGAACAAAGAGGCGCAAAUUUCUGUCUGACCUCGAGUUCACGAACUAUUGCAAUGCUGCGCGAAUCCGCGGCCUGGCUGAGGAGUUUCAAAAUCAGCGCAAGAGACAACAGUACAGGAAGGCAGAGAUCCUCAGACACCUGGAGGAAGAAGGUUGGCAAGAGGAAGUGUCCAAAAACCCGAACGUCCUGUCCGGUGCUUCCUUCUUGCGCAACAAGGCCGUGAGAACCAUGAAGCCUCUCUCUGAGAAGCAGUGGACAAGGCUGCGCGGGAUCGCUGUCGCGCAUAUCAAAAAAGCCAAAGCUGCCCGCCUCGAGCGAGAACGGGUCGCCGCCAUCGAGGCGCUCAACGAGAGCCUGACUAGCGUACACGCCGAGUUCCGCCGCGCGCAGCCCUUCCGCGCGCUGGUGCCCACCGCCGGGGACAUGGCUAAGGCGCCCGUCGUCAGGCGCCUGUACGAGCAGCUAUCCGCCGCCCCGCCUUCCCCAGAUGCUAUACGCGCCGCGCUCGAGGCAGUCUCCCCCACAUUCGCCGACCGCUGGCGCGCGCACUGCGAGGAACUCCUCCUGGACAUCAUGCGCGCGCAGGGCGGGCCCGCCCCGGCGCGCGCGACGCUCGGCCUCGCGACGACCGUCUUCGCGCUCUGCGGCACCGACACGCUGCUCACCUACCCGCACAUCCUGUGCGAGCCCGCGCUGGACGUGCCGCUGGGCCUGCGCCGAGGUGCGGGCGGGUGGGACCCGCGCGGGCGCGUCGCGCUCGUCGCGUGCGCGGACGUGGUGCGUCGGAUGGUCGCGCUCGCCGGGCGGGACCCGCACGCGACGAGCGCGCUCGCGAUGGACGCGCUCGACCCGUGGUACUACUACCCGGACGAGGACAGCGCCGGGCGGCGGCGCGCGUACACGUGGCGCGGCAUGCUGAAGCUCGGCGCGCGCUGGUGGGGGCGGCCCUUUGCGAUGCUCGGGCCCUGGGAGACGGGGGCGGCGCGCGCGCGCGCGGGCGUUGCGUCGUUCAGCGGCGGCGAUGCGCUCUGCGCGCGGUGCGGGGCGCGGUUUUCCGCGUCUGCCGCGCUGUGCGCGCACCUGUACCAAGCGCACAGCGUCUUGAGGCCAACCGGGGCGGACGUCGUUCUCGAUUAUGGCCUGAUGAGCAGCGCUCCGACGAGGGGUGUCCUGCUCACGCUCCUCGUCGAUAGCUUGUGAAGCUCCUCGUGUUGCCAGCUUGUGAAGCUCCUCGUCGACAGCCUGUGAAGGCGUUGCGGGGCGUACACGUGCGCUCGAGGGCCGUGAGGUUUCAUGAUCGACGAGAGUAGGUGCACCAGACGACGACACCGAGGGCGAACGGCGGGCGGGUAGGUGGCGCGGCGCGCGACUCUUGGACACCUGCAAGCGCCCGAUCCUGGAUAGCUGACUCGCUAUUGAAGAGGAGUCGCCGACUCACUGAUGGAGAGGUGGUUGU